AUGAAAUUGAUGACUUUGAUAUUUAUGAUGUGCGUAAUCGCAAUCUCUCCUCAAAGCCAUGAUACUGUUCACGAAGAACAACGGAACGCAGACCUUGAAAUUCACAGUGAAAUAUCAAAGAGUCAUCACAAAACAAAUUCUACUAGUAAGGAUUCACAAACAAAUCGAAAAGGAAAAUUGGGUAUAGAAAGAUCUUCAAUGUUUGGCAGAUCUAGAUCUCGAUAUAAAUACAAAAAUAGAAAACAUAUUGUAGCUAGAGGCAAAUUUCGAUCACGUGGAAUCGGUAGAUAUGGUAUAGUAUCAUCAGAAACUACAAAUUUUGAAAUUGAAGGCAAGUUUGAUAGAUAUGGUCGAAAGAGACCUACGAAAUCUAAAUUCAAAACUCGUGGAAAAGAAAAGAAAUAUUCUAAGAAGAUAGUUGACAAUCAAUUUGACAUUAAAGGUGGUUUGAUUCAAGAACGUAAACAUAGACAUGCUGGUGAUUAUCAAGCAAACGGUAGCCAUAUUUAUAUAGAUGUUGGAGCUAAAACAGAGUCUGGUUCUAGCAUGAAUACAAAAGAAGGAAAGGGUAGCACUAGGAAUACAGUUAACAAUGGAACAUUUGAAGCUGAACUUUUGACUAGUGAUAGGCAAUCUGGAGAACGGCGGAAAUAA